AUGAAGCGGACGAGUAAGCCCAAGCCGCGAGACAAACUACCAGAUUAUUGCGAUGUUGAACCAAGGAGAGAUGGAGCGGGCAAUAUCAUCUGGCCCGCCCCCGAGUCAGCAAUCGAAGCAGCUCGAUCGUUUCUGAAAGAUUGUGCGGCAAGUGGCAAGAAGACUCUUAUUGCUCCCGACAAAGAUGCAGAUGGCCUUUCAUCCGGUGUGAUAAUCUAUCGAACACUGGUUGAGCUAGGGUUAGAUUCUUCCCUGAUUGAGGUGCAUCUGAUCGAGAAGGGGGCAAACAUCCAUCUCAAAUCUGAGCGAGAGGCUAUGGCUGCGAAAGCUCCAGCAUACAUUAUUGUGCUUGAUCAGGGUUCAGUGUCUGCACCACCGCUGAUUGACUCUCCCUCCGCGAAAACUCUCAUCGUUGACCACCAUUUGAGUGAUGCGUUUCCCGACAAUGCGCUAGUCGUCUCAGCUUGCCACUAUCCGCCUGUUUCCACAAGCUCUUUGUUGACCUACGAAAUCUGUAAGUCUCUUUCGAAGGACUUGGGUGCUGAUUGUGCCUACCUUGCUUGCAUUGGCACACAUGGUGAUCUUGGUAAUACGUUGAAGUGGAAUCCCCCAUUCCCAGACAUGACAGAGACAUUCAAAGCACAUACCAAGAAAGCAAUUAACGAUGCUGUCUCACUCAUCAAUGCACCGCGUCGGACCGCGAAAUAUGAUGUUAUCACUGCGUGGAAUGCCCUACUGAGUUCCACUGACCCAAAAACGCUACUCAGCAACGGCAGACUGCAAAGUGCUCGUGCGGAGAUUAACAACGAAGUCGAACUCAACACCCACACGCCCCCUAAGUUCAGUGCAGACGGGAGAAUUGCUGUCCUACGUAUCAACACCGCCGCACAGGUCCAUCCAGUUAUUGCAACCCGAUGGGCAGGCUACCUGAAUUCCAAAGCACUCGAGAUUGUUGUCUGCGCCAAUUCAGGAUAUUUGCCGGGUAUGGUCAACUUCUCGUGUCGAAUCGCACGAUGCGCAAGGUCAAGAGAGCCGCCAGUGAAUAUUAUCGAGAGUUUGAAAGCUGCAGCUGACCUCUCGACUGAUGGGCUAAGAGAUAGGCUCGGCGAAAGCUUUGCCCGCGGACACAAAGAAGCCAGCGGGGGCGCUGUACCUGUGGAACCAUUCGAAGAACUCAUGAAACUGCUGAAGGUUGGCGAGAAGCCGGUGACAGCCGACAACGAUCAGUCACCAAAGGCCAAGAAGCUCAAAACUGUAGAGAAAAUCCCUCAGAAGAACACGAUCGCCAAUUACUUUUCCAAGACUUGA